UAUGUGGUGGAUAACUGCCAUCCCUCCAAAUCUCCCACCCUUAACCACCACACUUCCCAAGCUUCUUCCUACAGAGUUUCCAUGGCUACUCUCAGCUUCAACCCAACCAAAAUCAAAACCCCAUCCUUCCACUCUCAUAAACCCAUCUCCAACUACACUUCCCUCUCAAAACCCACCAAAUUCCCUUUCAACUUGCCCCCAAAACCGCACCACAAAUCUCGCCUUUCCCUCUUCAACUCCAUAUCCGAAAGCUCCGUUUCAUCGCCAAUCGAAUCGGAAACAAUCGACGAAGAAGAAGACCCGACUGCAGAGCUCUGCUAUCUGGACCCCGAUAUCGACCCGCAGAGCAUUUCGGAGUGGGAAUUGGAUUUCUGCUCCAGACCCAUUUUGGAUAUUAGAGGGAAGAAGAUUUGGGAGCUCUUGGUGUGUGAUAGUUCUCUUUCGCUUCAGUAUACCAAGUAUUUUCCAAACACUGUCAUUAAUAGUAUCACGUUGAAGGAGACUAUUGCGUCAAUUUGUGAUGAAUUGGGCGUUCCUUUGCCGGAUAAAGUUCGAUUUUUCAGGUCACAGAUGCAGACAAUUAUCACAAAAGCCUGUAAAGAGCUUGGGAUAAAACCUAUUCCUAGUAAAAGAUGUCUGUCACUACUUUUGUGGUUGGAAGAACGCUAUGAAACUGUAUAUACACGUCAUCCUGGUUUUCAGAAAGGAGCUAAACCACUUCUGGCGCUAGAUAACCCUUUUCCAAUGGAACUUCCUGAGAAUUUGUUUGGAGAGAAAUGGGCUUUUGUCCAGUUACCUUUUUCAGCUGUUCAGGAAGAGGUCUCUUCCCUAGAGUCAAGAUUUAUCUUUGGUGCUGGUCUAGAUUUGGAUCUUCUGGGGAUUGAAAUUGACGACAAGACAUUGAUUCCUGGAUUGGCUGUUGCAACUUCACGGGCUAAACCAUUAGCAGCUUGGAUGAAUGGAUUAGAAGUCUGCUCCGUUGAAGCAGAUGUAACCCGGGCCAGCUUGAUCCUGUCGGUUGGAAUUUCGACACGAUAUGUUUACGCAACCUACAAGAACACACCUUUAACGACAAAUGAAGCAGAAGCUUGGGAAGCAGCAAAGAAGGCCUGUGGAGGCUUGCAUUUCCUUGCCAUCCAAGAGGAUUUGGAUUCUGAUGACUGUGUUGGAUUUUGGCUUCUACUAGACUUGCCAUCUCCACCUGUAUAAAACAAGCUACGGUGUGGAACAAUAGUUGCCAUGUUUUCCCGUCAACUCUCUUCUUCUCCAAUGAAUGACCUUUUUUUUUUAAUGAAAGUAUUAAACCGAUGUCAAGAAAUCCCCGUGUAGCAAGUACCUCACUCAACCUAUACCCCGUCCAUGAGGUCACUUUGAUACUCUGUUGCUCAUGCUGCAUACAAGGGCCAUCCAGAGCACCAAGUAAAACCACCCGUUAGACCAUUCAUAACAGUCUCUAACAGCUUCAUCUUUAAACCCAAAAUUGUCGCAUAUGCAAGUGACCAAUUAGGUUGACAAAGUGAGGUGAGUCAAUUGGAUGUGCUUUGGUGAGUUACAUGGUGAAUUGUAUAAUACCCAGACUUAAAGUGUCUUAAAAGAGGAGGAGAAGGAAAAGUUUUUGAACUUGAGGCAGGUUUGGGAUCAACACAUGCAGUUGAGCUUAAUGGAAAUUUAUUCUUGUGGUUCAAUGGUUC